AUGAAAAGAAGAGCAACAACUGAAGAUAAAAAAUCAAGGCUUAAAAAACUGAAAAUGCAACUGUUACUAGCGACCAAUGCAAACUUUAAAGGUCCUUCAAGUGUUUUUGUUUCAUCGAAUGGCGAAGUGUACAUUGCUGAUAUUGGCAAUCAUAAAAUUCGGAAGGUAUUAACCAAUGGAAAAAUGGUGACAAUUGCAGGAAAUGGACAAAAUGGAUUUAGUGGUGAUAAUGGUCCUGCAACUAAUGCCAUGCUGAAUUAUCCAAUCGGAGUGUUUGUUUCUCCAUAUAAUGAAGUUUAUAUUGCUGAUUAUUUUAAUAAUCGAAUUAGAAAGAUUUUAACAAAUGGAAAUAUUAUAACAAUUGCUGGAAAUAAUGUAAAUGGUAAAGGAGUAUAUAAUAGACUUGCGAUUAAUGCAAUGCUUAAUCGUCCUUCAGGUGUUUUCGUGACAUUAAAUGAUGAAGUUUAUAUUGCAGAUCAAAACCGUAACAAAAUUAGAAAGAUUGAGUCGAAUGGAAAUAUUGUAACCAUUGCAGGAAAUGGAAAGGAAGGGUAUGGUGAUGAUAAUGUGCCUGCAGUUAAUGCAAUGCUCAAUCGGCCUUCAAGUGUAUUCGUGACAUCAAAUAAUGAAGUUUAUAUUGCUGACACUGGCAACCAUAGAAUUAGAAAAAUAUUGAGAAAUGGAAAUAUUGUAACAAUUGCAGGAAAUGGACUCGUGGGAUUUCAUGAGGAUAACAUAUUGGCAACAAAUACUUCUCUCAAUUUUCCAAAAAGUGUUUUUGUUUCAUCAAAUGGUGAAGUCUAUAUUGCAGACACUGGCAACCAUAGAAUUAGAAAGAUUUUAGCAAAUGGAAAUAUUGCAACAAUUGCAGGAAAUGGAAAGGAAGGGUAUGGUGAUGAUAAUGUGCCUGCAAUUGAUACAAUGCUCAAUCGGCCUUCAAGUGUUUUUGUCUCAUCAAAUGAAGUUUAUAUUGCCGAUCAAAGUAAUCAAAGAAUUAGAAAGAUAUUACAAAAUGGAAAUAUUGUAACAAUUGCAGGAAAUGGAAGAGAAGGAAAUAGUGGUGAUUCAUUUUUCGAUAUCUCACGUUACCCACAUAUUGGAAUUACUUCUACACACAUUCCAAAACUGAAGAAACAAGCCAGAGAUCAAAUCAAUAUUUUGGAUAUUUAUGGAUUUAUCCCAUUAAUCGAAAAGAAAUCACCCCAAUUUUGCAAAAUUAUUUUGCAAAAUGAAUACCUUCUUAGUAAGAUUAAUUUAUGCCAAAGAGAAAUAAUUCAACGAUUGAUUAACUCACUCAUAUAUCAAAAUGAUAAUUUGGAAUUCAUGGAACAUGAGAUAUUGAAUGUUUUAUCGUUAUUGGGAUUGUUUGAAAAUGGUGAAUUUAUCAACUUGAAAAAGAAUUUAGUGAAGAAAUUAGUAGAGUCAAUUACAGUUGAAAGAUUCACCUCUCAAUGGGAACAAAUUGAAACACAUCUCAAAUUCUGCAAUGAAGACCUAUCCUUACAAAACAAGAUUUUUGAAUACAUACAUGAAUACUUUGUGGAAUAUGCUGCACUUCGUUUAAAAUCCACUGAAAAUAGCGUUCCACUCGGAAAUAGUCCAAUUGUUCUUAAGAAUAGUGUUUCGAUUAUUCAAAAAAUGGCAAUACCUCAAAAGACAAUCAUCAACCUUGAUGAAAAAGUUGAAAUUCCUCCAAGAGGCCUCGUUGACCUAUACAAUGACGAGAAAACAGGUGACAUCAAAGUGAAACUAGGGCUAGACAAGUAUUUGUAUUGCCACAAAACUGUUUUGAGCUCUUCUAGCAUAUUCUUUGAUGCACUCUUUGAUAGUGGAUCAUCGUUUAGUGAUCUCAGUGAUGAUGGUGUUUUUGUUCCAGACCCUUCAGAGGAUUUGGAAUUAUUGGAAAUUGUUAUCAAAUCUUGUUAUGGAAUACCAUUUAAAUUUGAUGCAACAAAACAGAUUGAAUUAAUUGAUUUGGCAUUGAGACAUGAAAUAAGCAACCUACUCGAAUUCUGCAAGAAUAAUUUCGUUCUGACAACUGCAAAUUAUUACAAAAUUGCAAUAUCAUGUAAAAAUUAUCUACACUUAGAUUCCUUCAAAGAUUUUUACAGAGAAUUGUUAUUAUUUGGAAUUGAACAUUGCAAGGAACUUUUCAAUGAUUGCGAAAAAGUUUCAUUUCUACCAGAGCAGAUAUUGCAUGCCUUAUUUGUUCAAUUUUCACUUGAACGAAAAUAA